ACGGGGUCAUUGCAAACUUUACCGACUUGUUGAAAUGAUUUCGGCGUUCAUUUCUAACACGCUACAUGAAAUGCUGCACCCUUUGGCCCUAUUGAAGGAGCGUUCGGUAGCUAGAUCAACGACAAGGUCAAAGACCUAAACGCUGGGGAUCAGGAAUUUAGUGCCAGUGUAUGUAUGGACGGAAGCACCAUGUGGUAGAAGGGCUUAGUCGUUAUAGAUGCUCAAUAAAUGGUUAUUGAAUGAUGGAUGGUUAACGUCUGUAAAUGCCAGAAAGAAUUCAAAGAAAGAUGCACUCAGUGUGCUGCUGUCUCUUGGGGUCUUACCGAUGAAGGCAAAUAUUACUGCACUUCUUGCCACAACGUUACAGAAAGAUCAAAGGAAGUCAUAAACACUGGGGCUAUUCCUAAUACGAAAAUACAAGCCAUCAACCGGGGACUUAAAAGAAAAAGAAAACUUGAGAGAGGCUGGGAUUGGUAUGUGUGUGAAGGUUUUCAGCACAUACUUUAUCAACAAGCGGAAGCCUUAAAGACCCUUGGAGUGGGCCCAGAACUAAAGAAUGAAGUUUUACAUAAUUUUUGGAAGCGCUACCUUCAGAAGAGCAAGCAGGCCUAUUGUAAAAACCCAGUCUGUAGAAGAAAAGUUACGGUAUUAGAAGAUAACCAAAGUCAUUCAGACUGGGAGAGCGAGCCUGAGCUGCCGAGUGACUUCAGCUGCCCUUCUUUUGUUGAAAGUGGAACAGAGUCUCAGAAGCCUUUCCCCAUCAGCAAAGCAUCACAAUCAGAAACAGCAUCCAUCUGUUCUGGAUCUCUUGAUGGAGUGGAAUAUUCACUACGAAAGGAGAAGGGGAUCGUGAAGAUGACGGUGCCGAGGACACUUGCCUUCUGCUACCUGUCACUCCUGUGGCAGAGAGAGACAGUUACUCUCUCAGAUCUUUUGAGAUUUGUUGAAGAGGGACAUAUUCCUUACAUAAAUGCUUUUCAGCAUUUUCCAGAAGAGAUGAAAUUAUAUGGGCGUGACAAAGGAAUCUUUGCUAUAGAGUCUUGGCCUACCUAUGAGGAGAUCUAUAAAAAGAUGAUUGAAAUUGCCAAAUUCUUAGAUUUGCCACGUUUUCCAGACAUAACUGAAGACUGCUAUCUUCAUCCAAACAUCUUGUGUAUGAAAUACUUGAUGGAAGUCAAUCUCCCUGAUGAAAUGAAUGAUUUAACCUGCCAAGUGGUAAAAAUGACUGGAGUAGGAGAGGUGGAUUUUCUGACCUUUGACCCCAUAGCUAAAAUGGCAAAAACUGUUAAAUAUGAUGUACAAGCUGUCGCCGUUAUCGUAGUAGUAUUGAAACUGCUCUUUUUAUUGGAUGACAAUUUAGAAUGGUCUUUGUCUAAUACUGCUGAGAAACAUAAUGAAAACAACAAAGAAGAUAGGCCAUGGUUUGAUUUCAGAAAAUGGUACCAAGUUAUGAAGAAAUCUAUUGAUGAGAAAAAACAAGAAUGGGAGGAAGCCAGGGCAAAGUACCUGUGGAAAAGCGAAAAGCCACUCUACCACUCAUCCAUUGACAGAGCAGUGGCAUUUAAAAGAAGAGAAAUGGUGGUGGAUCUACAAAAACAAUUUAGCACAUUGGUUGAUUCAACACCAACUGUUGGAAGAAAAAAGCCUUCAAGUUUUCAGUUCAACUGGGCUGAAGGAGACGCGGCUAGAACCUGUUUCCACGGACACAGCCUCCAGGGGAUCCUGAAGAACAAAGGCCAGUCACUGACAACCAAGAACUCACUCUACUGGCUAAGUACACAGAAAUUCUGUAGAAGCUAUUGUAAACAUGUGACGACCUAUGAAGAAUCAAAUUUUUCUCUGAGUUAUCAGUUUAUAAUAAACCUCUUCGCCUUCCUGCUAAGAAUAAAGACCUCUUUUCUCCAUGAAGAAGUGAGCUUAAUUGAAAAGAGACUUUUCAAAACAAAAUACAGUAAAACGAAAAAGAGAUCUUCAAGAUCCAGGAAAGGGAGAAAAUACUGAGAAAAACGAAAUCGAAACUCUCUUGGGAAAAUAUUUCAAUAGUGAUACUAAUGUCAAAUUAUAAUAUUCCAGAGAAUCGUGGAAAGUAGAACUAUAUUACAUAUACAUGCUUACAUAGACACACAUAUGUAGCAAAUGUGCUUAUAAAAACAUGUAUUGGAAAACGAGUGAACUCUGUAUUAUUUUUUAAAUUAUGAAUGUUCCUUGACAAAAUUAAAAUAAGUUUUAUAAAUAA